AUGGCUAAAGUUAACACUUAUCAUUCCCACCCUGCUGCCCAUAGAUCUUCUGGGAAGACAGUUAGUGAUGACCCCGGUAGACUUGAAAAUGGAAUUAAGAGGACCCCCUCCCCAGGUGAGGAUAGAUCUUCAAAAUUAGAGAGUGUCAUUUCCAUGGCGGAAGCAGGAGAGGACACAUCUGCAGAAGGAGCAACGAAUGGGUCCUCAGGGUUUUUCUCAUCGGUGAGAACCUGGUUCAGGAAGCAUUUCCGUCGAGAUGGCCAAACAUCCGAUUCUUCAGUUGAGGCUCAAGGGGGCGAAAACAAAGACAACAAAGCUGAGCCAAAAAAGGAUGGGAAAGACGAUCAGAAAAAAGAAAAGAAAGAAAUCUUUGUGAUAGAUCCUUCAAGCAACCUGUAUUAUAGGUGGUUGGGAAUCAUUGCAGCACCAGUAUUCUAUAACUUCUGCCUAUUGGUAUGUAGGGCCUGCUUUGAUGAGCUUCAGACGAAUCAUCUUGCACUUUGGCUGUUCUUGGAUUAUUCCUCUGAUGUUAUCUAUUUCAUGGACACAUUUGUCAAAUUCAGGACAGGUUUCCUUGAACAAGGACUACUAGUUAAAGAUGAAAAGAAAUUAAAAGAAUUUUAUAAAGGAACUUUGCAGUUCAAGUUGGACGUGUUGUCCCUCUUCCCAACUGAUUUAGGGUUUAUACACUUUGGACUGAACUAUCCUGAGCUGAGAUUUAACCGGUUGCUAAGACUUCCCCGGCUAUUUGAAUUUUUUGAUCGUACUGAAACAAGAACAAACUAUCCAAAUAUAUUUCGUAUUGGGAACCUUGUCUUGUACAUUCUCAUUAUUAUUCACUGGAAUGCAUGUAUAUAUUUCGCCAUUUCCAAACUAAUUGGAUUUGGAACUGACACUUGGGUUUAUCCCAAUAUCUCCCAUCCAGAAUAUGGACGACUGUCCAGAAAGUAUAUUUACAGCUUAUACUGGUCAACUCUGACAUUGACAACUAUUGGAGAAACUCCACCUCCAGUAAAAGACGAAGAGUACCUGUUUGUGGUCAUGGACUUUUUAGUGGGUGUGCUUAUCUUUGCUACCAUCGUGGGUAAUGUAGGCUCCAUGAUUUCUAACAUGAAUGCCUCUAGGACAGAGUUCCAGGCCAAGGUUGACUCCAUCAAGCAAUACUUGCAGUUUCGAAAGGUCACCAAAGAUUUGGAAGCAAGAGUGAUUAAAUGGUUUGAUUAUCUGUGGACCAAUAAGAAAACAGUAGAAGAAACAAAAGUCCUCAAAUACCUCCCUGAUAAGCUGAAGGCCGAGAUUGCCAUAAAUGUCCACAUGGAUACACUAAGGAAAGUGCGGAUCUUCCAAGAUUGUGAAGCUGGACUCCUGAUUGAGUUGGUAUUGAAAUUAAAGCCUACUGUUUUCAGUCCUGGAGACUACAUAUGCAAAAAAGGUGAUAUUGGAAGAGAGAUGUAUAUUAUUAAAGAAGGGAAACUGGCUGUCGUGGCAGAUGAUGGGGUGACGCAAUUUGUGGUUCUAAGUGAUGGCAGUUACUUUGGAGAAAUCAGCAUCUUGAACAUCAAAGGCAGCAAAGCUGGCAACAGGAGAACUGCAAAUAUCAGAAGCAUAGGUUACUCUGAUCUAUUCUGUUUGUCUAAGGAUGACCUGAUGGAAGCUCUCACUGAAUAUCCUGAAGCCAAAAAGGCACUAGAAGAAAAAGGACGGCAAAUUUUGUUGAAAGAUAACUUGAUUGAUGAGGAGGCAGCUAGAGCAGGAGCUGACCCAAGAGACCUGGAAGAGAAAGUAGAUAAACUUGAACAAGCUAUGGAUGUUCUUCAGACAAGGUUUGCUAGACUUUUAGCAGAGUACACUGCCUCACAGUCUAAACUCAAGCAGAGACUUGUAGAAGUUGAGACCAAAGUGAAGAAGUCUGGAAAUGAUGCUUUGUUAGAUGUACCAGAUGAAGCUGGAAAACCAGAAGAACAGAAAAAGAAUUAAGUAUGUAUGGUCAUCUUCAUUUAGCACAGAACUAUUGCAUCCUAAAAUAUGAACACAACUUGCCAAUAUGUGAACAGGAUUGUUUUUUUUUAAAUCAUCAUCUGGAACCAGCAAGUUUGUAUAGUUUUUAAUUGAAGCAAUUGUCUUCUAAAUAGUAAAAGCUGAACUUUUAAAAAUCUUUUUAGAGAUAGAUUUCCAUAUUUCUUUUAUUUAUUUUGUAUCGGGGGAAGAUUUUCUAUGAGUGAUGAUGAUCACAUCUUAUUAGGUAUUUGUA